UACACGACUCUUCUAAAAACGCAAGAAGUCAAGAAAGUUUGGUCAAUAGCGUAAAUUUCCAUUUAUCACAUCUGUAACAUCAUCUUCAAUAGCACCUGCUACGAUACCUUGAAAAAGGCAAUAAAAUGAGGAAUUCAACUCUAUUAAAGUGGGCACAGAACUCAGCUAACAAUAAAAAUCAGCCAAGUAAAAAUGGAGGCUCUAGUAGAAAUUGGAUACACCCACCAGAUACACUUCAGAAAGGUCACAUUGCUUACCUAGUCAAGUAUCUCGGCAGCAUUGAAGUAGAUCAGCCAAAAGGUACUGAAGUUGUAAAACAUGCAAUACGUAAACUUAAAUAUAAUCAAAUAAUUAUGAAGAAUGGAGGAAUGAAAACGCCAAAGGUUGAGCUUACCAUCAGCAUUGACGGUGUAGCCAUUCAAGAACCAAAAACUAAAACAUCUCCAAAGCAAAUUAUGCAACAAUAUCCUUUACAUCGAAUUUCAUACUGCGCGGACGAUAUGAACGAAAAAAAGUUCUUUAGUUUCAUAGCCAAAGAAGAAGAUGCCGAUCGGCAUACGUGUUAUGUCUUUGUUAGUGACAAGCUUGCUGGGGAAAUAACGCUAACAAUUGGUCAAGCUUUUGAUCUAGCAUAUAGGCGUUUUCGCGAGACAUCUGGGAAGGAUUUAGAAGCCCAGAGGCGAGCUAUGAUAUUGCAACAAAAGAUCAAACGACUCGAACAUGAGAACAACGUUUAUCGGCAACGCCUACAGGACAUCGCUAUUAUUAAAGGCUUGGCUGAUAUAAGUUCAUAUUUGAUUCAGCAUGAUAUUCCUGAUAUUUUGCAUGUUGCUGACAAUUCGGUGUCUUCAUUACCGAUAUCAUCCUCAAAAGAGAAUAUUCCUCGAGUAAAUGGAAACGUCGGAAAAUUAUUCAUUAACGCUUAUGCUGAUACAAAUGGAAAUGCUUCGACUGGAGCACAGCAACCACCUCCAGUUCCUCCUAGGAGUUUCGAGAAAUCUUUUGAUGAUAACUUCAUUGGCAAUGAACCUUCAUCGCCUCAAAAUUUAUCUAGUGGAUUGAAAGUGGAAGGAUUUUUAAUAGAUGAGUUUGAUGAAGAAGAUUUUAAUCCACGAGCCUAUGAGAGUACCUCAAAUGGAAUGACUAAUCAUGUGUUGAACAAUAAUUCAUCCAAUGGUCAAAUUACUGCAGGAACUAUUUUUACUCAAACAAAUGGAUUAAAUUCACCACCAUUGUUAGCUCCACCACCUAAAGCUAAAGAUUCAAGAAGGCAAAAUGGUUUAAAAGAAGAUUUAUUUGGAAGUGUGCCUUUUAAUGUCGCAUCAAAUUUCAUCAAGAAUGAUUUUAAAGAUCCAUUUGAAAUGGGUGAAUUUGGAGAUUUCACUCUUCAUUCAUCACCCACACACCAAGAUCUAGAAAAUGCUAUUGGUCUUUUGGAUAAGCGAUUAUUAGAAAUGAAGGAUGGUUUUAGUCGAGGUCUGUCAAUUGGAAGUGGUGACUUCUCUUUAGAAAGUUUAGAUCCAUUACGAAAUUAAUUAAGGAAAAUUAUGAAGCAGAAAGUCUUAAAUAAAAAGGCUAAAUGUUAUGUGAUAAAAAGAGAAAGCGAGAGAGAGAGAGAGAGAGAGAGAGUAUUAGAACUUGACUUUCCAGACCAAUGCAGUUCGGUUCAGGAAGGAUGCGAGAAUUAAUCAAUUGGAUGAUAGGUUGUGCAUGUUAAAUUAACAUUAGUCAAAUUUUCUUGAAAGCUAAACGUUUAUCUACAAUUGAGGAAGUUCAAUAUUUAUAAUGUCAACAUCUGCCUAUUAAUUAUUCUUUAAUAAUUGAAAUAUUACUUUGAUAAAUUCAAACAAGAUGUAGGUUUUGUGUCAAUUUGGCAAUUGAAGCAAAAACAAUAACAGAAACUUUAAAAUCUUAAAAUCAAGAACAAUAUUAUCAGUUGUAAUCAGUAAUAAUAAUAUAGUAUUGUAUUUAUCAAGUGUAUAACGACUUAGCGUUUAAAUGCAAAUAUACCUAUCGUUUAUAAAUUUAUAAAACAAAAUAAAUAUUUUAUACUUAUGUAAAUGAGAUUUGAAUAGUUCGUUACACAAGUUUAAUAAAUAUACGUAUAAUAAUAAUUUAAUAGUAAAUGAUCGAUAUUAUUUUUAACAAUUUCUUUAAAAGCUCAUUGUCGUUACAAGCAACUAGUUGAAAUUAUUUCUUCAGGUAAUCAACAGAGCCCUUUUUCGAUUUUCCUUGGACUUUAUCUUCUCUAUUAUUUUAUGUAUCACACAUUUUUGGGUCGUCCGUGUAACUGAAAGAAUAAUUAUAAUAA